AUGAUGCUUCAUGAUGGUUAUAUCUACACUGUAGAACGUACAAUGACGACGAAAUUAAUUCUUCGGUGCCAGAAUCGAGAUUGUAAAGCUCGUUGUCAUACUAAUUUAUCAAUGGAUACAAUUCUCUCCCAACCAACAACCCAUUCCCAUGCUCCACAACCUGAUCGUGUUCCAGCUAUUCAAUUAAAAAAUGAUAUUAAAGCUCGUGCUGUGAUAACAGAUGAACCAACCAGUUCAAUUAUUCAUUCCGCCUUACGUACAUAUCCAUUAAGUGCCGCUGGUGAACUUCCAAGAAAUGAAGCACUUAUGCUAAUGAUUAGACGACAACGUACUGUUGAAACAGUCGAUGUUAAUGGUCGUUUACCAGAAAGAUUAAGAAAGACAUCGUGA